UGGGUGCGGAACGUCGAGCGUCUAGCAACAUUGUCUGAUCGACGCAAGAUCUGAGAUGACGGCGGCACGUGGCCGCGUUCCGUGGCCUUCCUCGCUUGCCGCCGGCGGGCUGCAGUCGGUCUGCACACCGCGCGACGCACGCCUCGUCCGUCACGCACCUGUGGCCACAGCGCACGCUCGCCUGCGGUGGCCUGUGUCGUCUUUCUCUCUGUAGGCGCACCUUUGUCGUGUUGCUCUCCGGCGUCCCGCCCUGCUGCUGAGGCCACUAGUCACGGUACAUCGCUGCAUCGACGUCUCAACAGCACGCGUCCCAGCAGAGACGUAAUACGACCUGCGGCUUCGCGAUGUCUGCAGGCCCGAGCCGCAGCUCUGGCUCCCAAGCACCCCGAUGGGCCAUCCUCCCCGAGCCCUCGCCCUCCGCGGCGCCCUCAGACGACGACCGCGCAAGCACCCAGGACAUGCACGACGAGCUCGACCCGACGCCCCCGGCCUCGCAGGCCCAGCCACGCCCGACGAAGAAGAGGAAGCCGGACGUGCCCGCGAGCGAGGACGAGCGAGCGGCGAGGAACAAGUUGUUGAAGAAGGCGAAGGUGCCGCAGGAUGCGGGAGGCGGCGAGCGGGAAAGGCAGGUCGAACCAGAGCCGGGACCUUCGCUACAGCCUAAGGGGCCUAUGGCCUCGCCCUUGGACAGCGUCCAGCCGCGUCGAAGGCAGAUUGCGAUGAAACGCGUCUCGAGGGGCAGGCCUUUCCAGCUCCAGUUCGAGUUCGAGAAGGACGUCCGCGCUUCGCAGCCGGCCACACCGUCUGCCCUCGCACCCCCGGCAGCAAAACCGACCGCCGCAUCUUCGAAGCCGCCCCCUGCCACUCAGCCUGCGCCCCGCGACAGCUCCGCGUUCCGAAUGCCGCGUUCCUGGAGAAGAACAGCUCCUUGGGCGACUGGCUGAGGAGCGACCCCCAGCCUCCCAGCCCGUAGGUGGUGCAAGGGUAAAGAGGUCGAUCGAUCUGGUGUGGCAGGUGGCAGCGGUGCACGCUGGCUCACGAAAGCAACGACAAAGUUGC